ACCUCUUCGCCCUCUUUCCCUUCACCCUCAGCGUGUUCAGCUGCUGAUGGCUGUACAGCCACGUAAGUGUUACCUGGGUGCACGGGGUGCACCUGGUGCUUGCUGUGCCAACAAGGUGUGUUGCAGUGAGGGGUGCAGGGCUGGCUGGGUUCCCUUCUUCCUGCACCCGCAAAACCUCUUUGUCCCGUCUGCAGCCCUGUUUCUUGCACAGAGCCUAACCUGUAGCUGUGCUGGAGCCAGGUUGCAGCCCUGCACUGGAGCUUUGCACACCUGCGGGUGGGGACAGAGCACCCCCAGCCCCACGGCGUGGUGCCCCCCGGCUCUCUCCACCUUAAGAAACCUGUUCCUCCUCCCUGCCCUCACACCCUGCACCGUUUCCCCUCCGGGCAGCCGGGUUAAACUAUUUCUAUCGGUGGUCAGGCAGGUUUCCUGUUUGCAACCCUGGCGCUCACGGCUGCGGACAGAGCAGCCACGGCCCCAGAGCUGCUCCUCGAGGAUGUGACCCUACAAGGCCUCUCCCAGCCCCUUUGCAGCUGUCCUGGCGCUGCCGGGCGGGGACAGCGUGGGGGGAUUUCUCACGAGACCUUGGAAGCAGACGAGCAGCUCUUGGCGUUUCCUGCUUUUUUUCCCUGAGCCGCUGCCCAGCGGAUCCCAGGAAUCACAGCAGCUUCGAGGAAACCAGAGCGCAAGCAGUGGCACGGAGCAGAGUGUGGCACCGUCCCACGAAGGUUCUUCAUCCCCAUCGCCGGAGCUGAGAGCAAAGCCAUGGCUGAGGAUGGCGGGGCUGCCUCCGACAGCCCCCAGGCGGUCGCCCUGCGUGCACGCAGUGUGGAGGAGCUGUAUGAGCUGCUGGAGACGCUGGGCAGUGGGCACUUUGGAGUGGUGAAGAAGUGCCGGGAACGCAGCACCGGCGUUUUCUAUGCUGCCAAAUUUGUGAAGACGAGGCGGUGCCGGGGCAGCCGGCGGGGCCUGGAAAGGGUGCAGGUGGAACGGGAGGUGUCCAUCCUGCGGGACCUGCAGCACCCCAACAUCAUGCAGCUGCACGACCUCUUCACAUGCAGAGCUGAGAUGGUGCUGGUGCUGGAGCUGAUGCGUGGUGGGGAACUCUUUGACUUUAUUGCGGAGAAGGAGAUGCUGUUGGAGGAGGAGGCCAUCGAGUUCCUGGAGCAGAUCCUGCUUGGGGUGCAGUACCUUCAUGGGCGCCACAUCGCCCACUUUGACCUCAAGCCUGAGAACAUCAUGCUGCAGGAGAAGGAUGUGCCCAAGCCUCAAAUCAAGAUCAUCGACUUUGGCUUGGCCCAGAAGCUGGAGGAUGGUGUCACCUUCAAGAGCCUCUGCGGGACCCCCCAGUACAUUGCUCCCGAAGUGAUCAACUACGAACCGCUGAGCUCCGCCACCGACAUGUGGAGCAUCGGGGUUAUCACCUACAUCCUGCUCAGCGGCUUCUCCCCCUUCCAGGGUGAGACAGAUGCUGAGACCCUCUCCAACGUCCUGGAGGGCGCCUAUGAGUUCGAGGAGCGCUACUUCAGUGACACCUCUGAGAUGGCCAAGGACUUCAUCCGGCUGCUGCUGGUGAAAGAGCCUCAGGAGCGAAUGACUGCAUCUGAGUGCCUUGUGCACCCUUGGAUUAAGCCCCUGAACAGGAAACAAGCAGCAAAACGGUGCCGUUCCUCCAUCAACAUGAAAAACUUCCGCAAGUUCAACGCCCGGAGGAAGUGGAAGGAGUGGUGGGAGUGGAGGGGAGAGCUCCCUGCACAGACCCUUGCCUUGCUGCUCCCCCAGCUCUCUUACAACAUGGUGUCUGCCUGCAACCGGCUGUGCCGCAUGCGGCUGCUUUGCAGCCCCGGGACGGAGGGCGAAGAGCUGCGCUGCUGUGAGAGCGACCAGGAGGAGGAAGGCAGCCGCCCCGUGACUCUGCUCCGUCGGCGUAGGAGCAGCUGCUCCUGAGCUCCCCCCCAGGGUGGGGACAGAAGAAUGGGGCAAUCCCACGAGAAGGACCUCCAGACUCCCCUUCACCCCCAGCAGAUGUGAGCACCUGAGUGCUGGAGCUGCUGCUCCCACUGCUGCUGUGCUGAGGGCCACUGGGGCAGAGCCAGGGGCACUGCUGUGCUCCCCAGGUCCACCCUCACCUGAGGGCUCUGCCCUUCCCUUGGCUCUAAUUCGAGAAAUAAAUGUGCCCCAAUCCUCUUA